AUAUAAUAAUAAUUCUCGAACGAUAGUGUCCCCCCCUUGAAAAAUGCUGUACGGUUGACACUUGACAGACAAGAGAUCAGCAGCCCCAUCAGCCGGAAUACAAUACACCAUCGCCUGUUUUACUCCGCCGGCGUUCCUGCUCCCACUCCCAGAGAAAACAAACACGCGGCUUCUUCUACCGUGUCCCCAUUGCCAUUUCGCAAGCCCAAACGAGCAACGACCUCGCAAAUUCACUAGAAUUUCUGCGAAUUUUACGGGCCCUACUCCUAUCGUCUUAUCAUGCCCAUACGCCGGCGAACGUGACCAGGGCGAGCUGUGAUUGAAUCAUCGGGUCAGGCUCCGACCACAGCCAAAGUCGAUCGCCGCGCCGGCCGUGCUCGCCAUGGACUGCUGCUUCCGCGUGUACGGGCUGGCCAUCGCCAACACGGUGUGCGUCGGCGGCACGGCCUUCCUCGUCUUCGCGCUCGUCAGGCUCGCGCGGACGCCGCACAGCGCGGGCGGCAUCGCCGUCGUCUCCGUCUUCCUCGUCUUCUGGCUCGGCGUCAACGCCAGCGUCUACCCGGCCUUCUGCGGCACGCUCUUCCCGUGGUCUGCGCUGCGGCGGUGCCUGGAACCGCCGCUCGGCGCCGUCCUCUGGCUGCUCCGCCUGCCGUCGCGGUGCGCGCGCGCGGCGCGGCGGCGUCGCCGGAGGAGCGACGCCGCCGCUGGUGGCGCCGCCUUGCCGCAGCACACGAUGCAAGGCCACCGUACUUAUACCAUCAGCGUGCUCCCCCGGGAGCCGCCCGUGCUCGGCGGAGCGCUGGCUGGUGCCGCCGCCGCCGCCAUCCCGGCGUACGAGCAGCCGGGUGACGACGCGCGGCCCGACGGCGCGCCGGACUGCGCGGUUUGCCUCGGCAAAGUGGACAAGGGGGAGAUGGUGAAGCGGCUGCCCGUGUGCCUGCACAUGUUCCACCAAGAGUGCAUCGACCUGUGGCUGCGCGACCACUGGACAUGCCCCGUCUGCCGAUGCAACGUCUUCGCACCGCUGCCGGACCAAGUAGUAUGACAUUCUUCAUCUUGCCAAUUCUUUUAUCUAGAGCCAUAAAUUGGCCUUGUAUGUACUAUAUGGUGAUUUGCGAGGAAAUGUACAGUUGAUUACUGUUUUGUUAUACAUGUAAAGGAAAAUGUAUAAAAGAA